GAGAAGGACACGUGUCGGGAAAUGUACACGUGUACAUAAUUUAACGCCAGCUGGAAGCCCAUCCAUAAAACCUACCCCUUCUUAAAAGGCAACGAACCCUAAUAUUAUUCUCAUCACUAAUUUUGAGAAACGUAAUAAAAUGGCCGACACACACAAGACGAAUCCGCCGGAGGAGGUGAAGAGGAGCGGGGUAGAAGGGUCGUCGUCGAAGCGGCAAAACAGCGGUGGCGGCGGCGGCGGCGGUGGCGUUCUCCACCAAAGACGGCAGCUCCCAUACAGCCUCCCCACCAUCGCCCUCGCGGGCAUCGCCAUAUCCGGCGCCCUUUGGUACUUCACUUUGUAUGUCAAGAAAAAGCCGGAGGCUAACGCGGUGGACGUUGCAAAAGUUGCCGCCGGUGGCGGCGGCGUGGAAAGCACACACCCUAGAAAGUAGCUAUGUAAAUUUUGACACUACGUAUAAUAAUUGUCUUUGAGUUUGUAUCAAACUUUAGUGUCAAAAAGUUUCCAAAAUGUUACUCCGUAUUAGAAUAUUAGUCUAAUUUUAAUUUUUUCGAUUUGAAUAUCAUAUUAUGGGUAGUAGUCCGAAAACCGAAAGAGCCUUAGUGAAAUUGGACAAAUUAUGUGCAACUCGUCCUCUCGUUUCUGUGUACUAAAUAAUGUUCAAAUUU